CUUCCACCCAGUGACUGCUGUUAUCAAGAUGGCGCUGCGUCCUGGAUCUGGGGGAGGCAGCAGCUUUAUGUAUCCUGUUGGAGGGGGGCUGGGACCGCCGCAAGGGAUGGUACCCAUGCAGCAACAGCAGCCGCAGCAACAGCAAGGCUUUCCUAUGGUUCCUGUCAUGCAGCCCAACAUGCAGGGCAUGAUGGGAAUGAACUUUGGGGGACAGAUGCCUCCAGGCGCCAUUCCUAUACAGGGCGGGAUGGCAAUGGGGAUGCAGACCCCCGGGAUGCAGUACAUGGGUCAGCCACAGUUCAUGGGCAUGAGACCCGCUGGACCCCAGUACACCGCUGACAUGCAGAAACAAAUGGCAGAGGAGCACCAAAAGCGUCUGGAGCAGCAGCAGAAGAUGCUGGAGGAGGACAGGAAAAGAAGGCAGUUUGAGGAGCAGAAACAGAAGCUGAGGCUGCUAAGCAGUGUGAAACCCAAGACAGGUGAGAAGAGUCGUGACGACGCUUUGGAGGCAAUCAAAGGCAACUUAGACGGCUUCAGCAGAGAUGCCAAAAUGCACCCCACUCCAUCAUCACAGACAAAGAAGCCAGACUCAUCGCCAUCACACCCGCCCGUCACCACUCACUCCCUUCCCCCCGCUUUGUCCGAGGAAAAUGACGAGUUUAGUGACUUUCAGGGGCCCGUAGAUGCCCCCGCCUCUUUGCCUCCACCCUCCUCUUCUUCCUCCAACUUCGACUUCUCCUCUCAGGCCCAAAUUCAGCCUUCGUCCUCUCCCUCCAAAGGUUUUGCUCAGGACGAUGACGAGUUUAGUGACUUUGUUCAGGGACCUGUUGACGCUUUCCCUUCCUCCACCUCCCACCUGUCCUCUGAAGUCCACGUCCAACCGUCUAUCCCUUCCUCACAACCCCUCCCUGACUCUGUGUCCAUUUCCACUGCCACCCAACACUCUGCUGUCAACACCAGCUCCCAGUCGACAUUGCAAGGCCCCUCACUGGAAGAAAAGCUGUUCUCUUCAUGCGAUCUUACUGCUGAUAAAUCAGCCCAGAUAAGCUUUAAAUCCAAGCAGAGUUUGGCUCGAAUGGCUCCUAAAACAAAGGUUUCAUCACAGUUUUCAUCCAGCCCUAAAGCAAGAAAUUGGGCUGCAGCUCCUGAGGACUUAAGAAAAAACUUCGUGUCAGAAAAGCCACAAGAACCCUCAGCCACGGCACCGAGCCACCCCCCGUCAGAUGCCGGAGCAUCUCCUCAAACCAGUAGUGGCAGUGCAGGUGCUGGCGUGUAUCCACAACAAGAGCACAUCCAGUCCAUGCUGCCAGCCUGGGUUUACAAUGACAGCCUCGUCCCAGAAAUGUUUAAAAAGGUCCUUGAAAUCACGAUGACUCCGGCGGGGAUAGACACAGCCAAGCUCUACCCAAUAUUAAUGUCAUCGGGUCUUCCCAGAGAAGCACUGGGGCAAAUCUGGGCAUCAGCCAACCGCACAACACCUGGCAUGCUGACCAAAGAGGAGCUUUACACUGUACUUGCACUAAUUGGUGUGGCACAGAGUGGACUCCCAGCAAUGAACGUGGAAAUCCUCGGCCAGUUUCCCUCUCCACCUGUGCCCAAUUUGCCAGCCCUGGCUAUGGCCAUGGCGCCCGUCAUGCCCCAGCACCAGCAACAGAUGAUGACUCAACCCCCGGUCUCCAUGUCCAUGCCCAUGUCCACACCAGCACCACCAGUUAUGCCCAUGACACCCGCAGCCCCAGCUCAGCCACCUGCAAACACAAGCUUCAUUGCCAGUUUCCCUCUUGCUCAGGCAACCAAACCCGAUGACGAUGACUUCCAGGAUUUCCAGGAAGCUCCGAAGGCAGGGGCAGGAGACCAGGGCUUCACUGACUUCCAGGGGGAGUCUGGAGCAACGUUCCCAACCACCACAGCACUUCAACACCAAAACAGCACACCUGCCAUCCUGACUCCGGUAUCAGGCUCCUCCUCAUCUGUUGCUGCCUCCGAUAAGUACGCUGUGUUCAAGCAGCUGUCUGUGGAUCAGCCCGCAGAGCCAGCACCCCCCGCCUCAGACAUUGGGGACAAAUACAGUGUGUUCAGACAGCUAGAGCAACCUGCUGACAAGAAACCAGUUGGGGAAGGAUUUGCAGAUUUCAAGUCUGUCAGCGCUGAUGACGGCUUCACAGACUUUAAAACCGCCGACAGCAUCUCUCCACUAGACCCUUCAGAUCAGGCCAAGACCUUUCAACCAACCUUUUCCUCUGCUUUUCCAAACUCCCAGUCUCUACAGCAACUUCCACAGCAGCAACAGCCCGCAGUAUCACUCUCUCAGCCCAAAAACCCUCUCAACAUGGCCGACCUGGACCUUUUCUCUUCUAUGGCUCCCUCUGUUCCUGCCCCCACUGAGACAAAACACAGUACAUUCCCCUCUGCAUCUGUGCCCCCCUCUCUAGUGCUGCUACCAAGUGGUACAAAACCCCCAGGUGGAGGUGCAGAUGAUUUUGGUGACUUUGCCCUCUUUGGCUCCUCGUCUGACACAACUCAGACUUCAGCAGCAGGCGGAGCCGCUGCAGCACCUCAGGAUGACUUUGCAGACUUCAUGGCAUUUGGCAGUUCUGGUGGAGAGCCCAAAGGCGAGAGCAACACGGGGGUCCAAGGGGAGUCCUCCACACAGCAGCAACCUCAGCAGAGCUUAGAUAAAUAUGACGUCUUCAAACAGCUGUCCCUGGAAGGAGGCCUCGCCUACGAUGACGCCAAAGAGAGCGGCGGCGGCUCCUUCUCUUCUCUCAAGAGCGACACGGACGACUUUGCCGAUUUUCAGUCAUCGAAAUUCUGCACAGCUCUCGGGGCUUCAGAAAAGACUCUGGUGGAUAAAGUAGCCGCAUUCAAACAGGCUAAGGAAGACUCUGCCUCCGUCAAAUCCCUGGACCUCCCGUCCAUUGGUGGGAGCAGCGUCGGGAAGGACGACUCCGAGGACGCACUCUCAGUGCAGCUGGACAUGAAGCUCUCAGACAUGGGUGGAGACCUGAAGCACGUGAUGUCAGACAGCUCUCUGGAUUUGCCGGGCCUCUCAGCUCACCAGCCCCCUGCUACAGAAGGAGACGACAUGAAAUUUGACCCCUUUGGGACGUCGGCCCUCAGCACCCUGGCCAGCUAUGACUGGUCAGACCGGGAUGAAAGCCUGCCCGGUGAGGUCAGAAGGCCGCAGGGCUUGGAAGGAGCUUCCCUUCCAUCUUUAGUCCCGUCACAGAGGAAGGAACUGAGCUUUGGCAGCACUGAAAACGUCUCGAGCAGCUCCAUAGCCAAGAUCCCCACCUCCGUAGCCGCAGAGCAGGGCUCAGCUGCAGAUGACAAGUUUGAGGCCUUCGCUGAUUUUGGCUCCAGUGACCAAGGCGGCGUCGGUAACGAGGAUGAUUUCGGAGACUUCGCAAGUACUGUUUCUGAAAAGUCGGACUCACCUGCUGCCACCGGUGAAGCCGGUUCAGAGGGAAACCAAAGCGAGGCCUCUGAUGAGUUCGGCGCCUUCCAAGGGGACAAGCCGAAAUUUGGCAAGUCUGACUUUCUCAAAGCCAGCUCUCAGGCCAAAGUCAAGUCCAGCGAGGAGAUGAUCAAGAAUGAGCUGGCAACUUUUGACUUGUCUGUUCAAGGCUCCCACAAACGCAGUCACAGUUUAGGCGAGAAGGAGAUUCGGCGCUCACCCCCAUCUCCGGCUCCAGAGCAGCCUUUCAGAGACCGAUCCAACACCCUGAGCGAGAGGCCUGUCCUCCCUGUCAUCAGGGACAAGUACAAAGACCUGACUGGAGAGGUGGAGGAGAGUGAGCGCUACGCUUAUGAGUGGCAGAGGUGUCUGGAGAGUGCUCUGGAGGUCAUCAGCAAAGCCAACAACACCCUGAACGGCAUCAGCAGCUCGGCUGUCUGCACCGAGGUCAUCCAGUCCGCUCAGGGCAUGGAGUACCUGCUGGGUGUGGUGGAAGUAUAUCGCGUAACCAGGCGGGUGGAGCUGGGCAUCAAGGCAACAGCAGUUUGCUCUGAGAAGCUGCAGCAGCUGCUGAAGGACAUCAGCCGUGUGUGGAACAACCUCAUCGGCUUCAUGUCACUGGCCAAGCUCACACCUGAUGAAAGCUCCCUAGAUUUCUCCUCCUGUAUUCUGAGGCAUGGCAUCAAAAAUGCCAAGGAGCUGGCUUGUGGAGUUUGUCUGCUCAACGUUGACGCCCGCAGCAAGAACAAAGAAGAAAGCGCUAUUGGACGUCUGUUUAAACGAGUAAUGACUAAAGACAAUGAAAGGAUGGUAAGGGCUUUCAACUCGGAGACGGACAACUUCAAGCUGCUGUACGGGGGCCACCAGUACCACGCCAGCUGUGCCAAUUUCUGGAUUAAUUGUGUGGAGCCCAAACCCCCAGGCCUCAUCCUGCCUGACCUGCUCUGAGCUGCCAUGGCAACAGUGCAGGGGCUAAUUAACAUCAGAUAGGCGGCGCGGCUGCCUGCCUCACCCUGAGGGCAAAAGAAGGACGUUUAAAGUCACUGCAUUAUUCUGCUUUUAAAUUUCCACUUUGGUGAACUCAUCUGUCACUCAGACUCAUCUGCUGGUCUCCUCAAAGCUUUGUUAUAUUAUUAUUAUUAUUAUUAUUAUUAUUAUUAUUAUUAUUAAUAUUUACCACCUAUGGUGUUAUUGUUACGCUAUUGCACAUACAUGUAAAUCAUUUUGGUCAGCGAUAAAGGCCAUAAUUAAAUCUAUGACUAAAGCUGCUUCCUUUCUUCUGAUGAUCAUUGCAGAGUAAGUUAUACGACAGAAUAAUCACUGGAGUCAUAUUUAAAUCAUUAGGUGUGCAAUAUCAUUAAAAACACUGGCUGAGUUUUUAAUGUCUUUUGUUACUCUCCUUCUUUGUGAAUUUUAUUCAUAACUGUUCGCCCCCCUGCGGAGCCAACAUGUUGACUCAGAAUGAAAAUACUGCGCUCAAAAUACAUUUGUACCCCACAUCUGUUUGAUAAAACAAACAUUCAGAUUUACUGCUGUGCUACAAGACACGUGUCUCUUUUUAUCAUCUAGAACAAACUGCUAAUGAAUGUCUUUUGCACUGUUGGGAGGAAUCUUGAACACCUUUUUGGAUUUUAUAGAUAUUUAGGGACAAGGGAGCUGGAGGGAAUAAUGCUACUGGGUUUUUUCUGUGUUGGUGCUGUGUUGAGAGUUUUAAGUCUGGAAGAAGUUUGUGUCUCCACUGAAGUCACAGCAGAUUUUUCUGUAUAUUUUGGUGUCAUGCUGUAUGAUUGUAAUUAUCUCUUAACUGUGAUGUGAAUAUAAUGCAAAUAAAUGUGUGUGCUUACAUAU